UUAAGCUAGUAAUAAAGCCAUUGACAGUUACCAAUCCAUUAUAUACCCACAGAUGGCGAAUUUGCUCUCUAGCCCGUUUUACUUCCCUUCACCGGGCUAGGACUGAGCAAAAAUGCCGCGCAGUAAAUUAGCAGUAUACAAGCAGCAGUUGCGAGCUGCAGAGGAGGAUGUCAAGCGCAAGGCGAAGCAGCUGGAACAGCUGCGGGAGCAGGUGGACCAGGCGUGGACAAAGGUCGAACAGCUUGAGGGCGAAGUAAACAGCAAUGUCACCCUGGAGGAAGACGUCCAAGCCCUGCUGCAGCACCAGCAGCAAACCGCCGCUGCCUUUAAGGACUAUGAGAACCGCGUGCUGGCUCUGGAGCUGCAGGGGCUGGUGGAGCGGUGGCGCACGCUGGACCUGGAGGAGCUGUCGCAGCAGAACCACGACCUGCGCGAGGAGUGCAUGCGGCUGCAGGCGGAGAACAUGGAGCUGAGCAGAGCGGUGGCUGAGAACAGCUUGACGGCUCGUCGCGACCUGGCCAAGAUUGAGUUGGCGCUGGAGAUGACGGUCAAGGCCAAGAUGCGGGACAUGUACGACAAGAUCAAGCAGGAGCUGUACAACGAAAUGGACGACAAGACCAAGAAGAUGGUAGCCGAGCACGGUGCGCUGCAGGACUAUGUGCGCACGCAGGCGGCCCACGCAGCCUCCCUGGACCGCCAGUACCGCAGCCUGCAGGCCGACCGCACUCGCUUCAAGGUGGAUGCUGACGUGGCCGCCAGCCUCAGCGAGCAGCAGGCGUCGCAGGCGGUGGGGCUCAGGCGGCAGCUGCAGCAGGCCUACCAGGCGGUGGAGCUGCUGCGCCGGCGCCUGGCGGACAGCGAGGCGCGCGCGCAGGCGGCGUGGGACGAGGCGGUGCGGGCGAGCUCCAGGGAAGCGGUGGCGGCGGCGGCAGCGGCGCGGGCGGGGCUGGCGGCGGGCGGGCAUGGCGGUGCGGGGGAGGCGGAUGCGGACAGCGCGUUUGGCAUGAUGGGCGAGGGCGCCGAGAUCGCAGCCCUGGAGUCUCAGCUGCGCCACGCCAAGCAGCGCUUCGAGCGCAUGCGGCUGCAGCGCGACCGCUGGCGCGACCGCUGCCUGCUGUACGAGAAGGCCACUGCGCAGCUGCAGGCGGCGCUGCUCACGCUGCGGGAGCACCAGCAAGCGGCGGGGCUGAUGGUGGGGCAGGC